AUGAUUGGAUCAACCAAAGCUGAGAAGCGGACUCGACUGCCCAAGUCCUGUGAGCCUUGUCGCGCACGAAACGCUGAUAGACAGGACAAGCGCUCUGAUAGGAACUCUGUUCCUGAUCGACUCAAAAACCUAGAGCAUCGCACCGCCACGGCGGCUCAAAGGACACAGCAAUUAAACCCCGCGUCUUAUACACAUCCCAAUGGAAUCACAGCUCAGAAUCAAAACGGAUUAUCAGACAUCGAUAAUGUUCAGCUUCCUGGCAUCUCCAGAUCAGAGGCUGCCGCCAGCAGUAGCCACACCGCCUCCAGUGGCCUUACGGGUCAAGUCGACCCAAGUCACUGGUCCUCCAUGCUUCAAAACAUCAGAGCUAUUCGCGAGGAGUUACCCGCUGCGAGCCCGCAUACCUCGACUCUCAGCUCAGUCACACUGAACAACGAAGUCCCCGCGAGUCAUAUCAACUUCGAUAUGGGAUCCCCUGAUGGCGUGACAAUUGAGCAUAUCCUUUCAGCCAUACCGCCACGACAGGUCUGUGAUACUCUUGUGUCUGUGUUCUUCCUGUCGCACUACACUAUGAUGCCCAUUCUGCACCCUACAAAGUUUGAACAGGAGUACGAAUCAUUCUGGGACUCGCCAUCGGAAACAUCACCGGUGUGGAUCGCGCUACUUCUAGCUCUUCUAAGUCUAUCAGCAGGCGUCUAUGAAAUCUCAGGAAUGGCACGCUCCUCUCAGCUCCCAAUACCCUCCAGCAAAGCUCUCUCCAAGAAGACUGAAGAAUGUUUGCUCCUGAGCAACUACACCGCCGCCAAUGAACAUUGUGUCGAAGCAUCUCUUCUUCUCCUAGUCGGAUGCUGGCUUCGUGCCAAAGUAUCUGAUACUAACCUCUGGUUCCUCAUGGGUAGGGUAGUGCAACUUGCCAUCUGCAAGGGUUAUCAUCGAGAUUCGACAAAGGUACCAGGCUCUAGAAUCUCGCCGUUCGACGGGGAGAUGAGGAGACGAGUCUGGGUCUGUUUGUAUCAGCUUGAUUCUCUCAUGUCAUUCCAGAUGGGCUUGCCAAGUAUGAUACCCUCAGACUUCUGCGACACAGAGCUACCGAGGAACCUGAAACAAUCUGACUUUUAUCCUGGUAUCCCAGAGCUCCCUCCGCCUAGGCCCCUUUCUGAGAGUACAGCUAUCUCAUAUGCUAUUGUCAAAGCUUCUGUGAUGGGCAUGUUCAAGAAGGUGGUCAAGCAUACUCGAUAUGUUACCCCAAUGACGUAUCAAGAGACAAUCUCACUCGAUGCUGAAGUCAGAGCGGUCUAUGACAAUAUACCCGAUAACUUCAAGUACAAGCCUCUCACAAGCUUCAUCGUGGACGAGAUUAGUAUCAUAAUGAGCAGAACAACCAUAGAGUUACUGUACCACAAGAGCAUCAUCGUUCUCCAUCGCCAAUACUUAACAGACAGACAAGACAGCAAGCUUACGUUCUCAAGAAAGGCCUUGCUCGAUGCAGCGGAAAGGUUACUUGAGAGGCAGGCCGAGAUACAUCAGAUGACUUUGCCAGGUGCUUUGCUGUAUGAUAAGAAGUGGAUGAUUACUUCGUUGACACUGAGUGAUUUCACUCUGGCGGCUAUGGUCAUCUGCUUAGAUCUCACCGUUGGUAUACGAAAUAGUAUGAGAACAGGAAUUCGUACAGAGGAACCAGAAAUUCGCAAGAACUUGAAGAUUAUUGAAAAGACUCACGGAAUAUGGUCCAGUUCGUCAGAUACUUCGGAGGCACGAAUAGUUUCUCACGCUCUAGACUCGACUAUCCGACGGGUGAACGACUUUCUCAACACGUCAUCAGCUUCAACGACCGGUCUGGAUUGGUCAGCUUCUGCAACAGACACAGAGACACCUGACUACAUAAUGAACAACUUCGACAUGAUGGGCAGCAUCGACUGGUUUCCGCAGAGCCUUCUCGAUAACCAGAUUCAAGACCCCAGUAGUAUUCAAGACUUUGAUCUGGAUAUAUGGCUUAUGGACACGGCUGGGCCUCUGGAACCGUUAUGA